AUGCUGGCGGCACCGGCGCUGGGAGCAGAUCACCCUUCCUGGUCGCCCUGGUCCCCGUGGAGCCCCUGCUCGCGCAGCGCCUGCGGCGCCCGCGGCACCCAGAGCCGCUCCCGGCGCUGCCGCGGCGCCCCCGGCCCGGCCGCGCCCCCGGAGCCCCGGUGCCAGGGCGAGGCCACCGAGCGCCGGCCCUGCGGCGCCGGGCCCUGCCCAGGGGCCCCCGGUUCCCGCGGCGAUGUCCCCGCAGAGCCCGGCUGGACGGAGUGGGGCGCCUGGGGUCCGUGCUCCCGCAGCUGCGGCCGCUCGGGGAAGCGCGUCCGGCGCCGGAGCUGCCGGGGCGCCGGGAGCCGCCCGUGCCCCGGCCGUGCCAGCGAGGCGCAGAGAUGUCCCGGCCCGCCGUGGUACCACAACGGGACGCUGCUGCAGGGGAGCGCUGAGCGCAGCCGCGGCCGCCUGGCGCUGCGGGGGCUGGCACCGGAGCAGGCUGGCACCUACCACUGCAAGGCCAGCUCCGAGGCGGGCGCCAUCCGCUCGGCGCCCGCACAGCUCACCGUGCUGGCCCAGGGCCAGCAGAGCUGCCGGCCGGAGCCGGAGCCCAGCCUGGUGGAGCUGCCCAGCGAGUGCCCGCAGGACGCCAGCGGCUCCCGCUACUACAACGUGGGGCGCUGCCCGGGCUCGCCGUGCCCCGGCGGCCCCGCGGAGGCCUCGGGGUGCGGCGGCGGGCCGGGGCGCUGCUGCGGGGUGCGCAGGAUGGAGCUGCGGCGGGUGCCGUGCGCCGGCGCCGCGCUGCCGCUCAAGGUGGUGGCCGAGUGCGGCUGCGGGCCCUGCGCCCGGCCCCGCGCGCUGGUGCAGGGCCGGGUGACGGCGGCCGACACCGGGGAGCCGCUGCGCUUCGGCCACAUCUUCCUGGGGGCCACGAAGGUGGGCUUCACCGGCUACCGGGGCUCCUUCACCAUCGAGGUGCCGCCCGGCACGCGGCGCCUGGUGGCUCGCUUCGUGGACGGCCGGCAGCGCUUGGUGGACGCCGUCAAGGUGCUGCCCUUCGACCGGCGCGGAGGAGCCGUGUACCACGAGGUGAAGAUGCUGCGCAAGAAGGAGCCGGUGGAGCUGGACGGCGGCCGGAGCAACGCCAUCCCGCUGGGGGAGGCCGGCGGCCGCGAGCCCGUCGGGGAGCUGCUGCUGCCGGCCGGGGCCUUCCUGCGGCCGUCCGGGGAGGUCUUCAACGGCACGGUCAAGGCCAGCGUCACCUUCGUGGACCCCCGGGACGUGGCCACGGCCGGCGCCGCCUCCAGCGACCUGAGCUUCGCCGACGCCGAGGGGGAGAUCGUCCCCCUGCGCACCUACGGCAUGUUCGCCGUGGAUUUCCGCGAAGGCGACGGCGGCGCGGCGCUGCAGGCGGGGCCGGUGCAGGUGAGGAUGGACGCGGCGCAGGUGCGGGUGCCCGAGCACCUGCAGAAGAUGAAGCUGUGGUCCCUGAACCCCGAGAGCGGCCUGUGGGAGGAGGAGGGGGUGCUGCGGCCGGCCGGGGGCGGCCGGGGCAAGAGGGAGGAGAGGACCUUCCUGGUGGGCAACCUGGAGAUCCGCGAGCGGCGCCUCUUCAACCUGGACGUGCCCGAGGACCGCCGCUGCUUCGUCAAGGUCAGGGCCUACAGCAACGAGAAGUUCCACCCCUACGAGCAGCUGGAGGGGGUGGUGGUCAGCCUCAUCAACCUGGAGCCGCGGCCCGGCUUCCCCAGCAACCCGCGGGCCUGGGGCCGCUUCGACAGCGCGGUCACGGGCCCCAACGGCGCCUGCCUGCCCGCCUUCUGCGACGCGCGGCGCCCCGACGCCUACGCGGCCCUGCUCACGGCCACGCUGGGCGGCGAGGAGCUGGAAGCCGUGCCCUCCAGCCCCACGCUCGACCCCGGCGCCGUGGGGGUGGCGCAGCCCUACCUGGCCAAGCUGGGCUACCGGCGCUCGGACCACGAGGACGCGGCGCUGAAGAAGACGGCGUUCCAGAUCAACGUGGCCAAGCCCGACCCCGGCGACGCGGACGAGAGCAACGGCCCCGUCUACUCCUACCGGAGCCUGCGGCGGUGCGAGGAGGCGCCGGUGGGCGCCAACCACCUGCGCUUCUACCGCGUGGAGGUGGACAAGUACGAGUACAACGUGGUGCCCUUCAGCGAGAGCGACGUCGCCUCGUGGACCGGCGACUACCUGGCGUGGUGGCCCAACCCGCAGGAGUUCCGGGCGUGCUUCAUCAAGGUGCGGCUGGAGGGGCCGCGGGAGUACAUGGUGAGGUCGCGGAACGCCGGGGGCAGCCACCCCCGCACCCGGGGCCAGCUCUACGGGCUGCGGGACAGCCGGAGCGUGCGGGACCCGCUGCUGGACAACGCCUCGGCGGCCUGCGUGGAGUUCAAGUGCGGCGGGAUGCUCUUCGACCAGAGCCUGGCCGACAGGACCCUGGUGUCCGUCGCGCCGCAGGGCAGCUGCCGCCGCACGGCCGUCAACGCGCUGCUGCGGGACUACCUGAGCCGCCACCCGCCGCUGGCCGACAACAACCACACCGGCGCCUUCUCCAUGCUGGCCCCGCUGGACCCGCUGGGCCACAACUACGGCAUCUACACCGUGACGGACCAGAGCCCGCGGCUGGCCAAGGAGAUCGCCAUCGGCCGCUGCUUCGCGGGCACCUCGGACGGCUUCUCCAGGGAGAUGCGGGCGGGCGAGGGCACGGCCGUCACCUUCGAGUGCCAGGAGCGGCCGCCGGGCGGGGAGAGCCUCUUCCAGCGCCUGCUGAGCGCCCCGGCCGAGGCGCUGGCCGACAUCCGCAGGGAGAUGGGGCGCUCCGAGCUGCGCCGCGCUCCCCCCGAGGUGAUGGACUUCGCCUCCGGAGCCCCCGGGCCCACCCGCCGGGCCCCCGGCGGCCAGCGGAGCCCGGCCCGGCCGCGGGGACGGCCCUGA